GUUACAGUCUGUGAGAUUCAACAGGCGGAAGAAACUCCCACCUCAGACACAACAAUGUUGGGGAGGAGAUCGUUGUUGGGGGCUCUCCUGGCUCUGGCUGUCGGGGUUUACCUGCUGAAGUCUCCCAUCGACCCCAAACCACACGUUCUGAAGGGUCCCCCUCCGGCCCUGGAGGGUGUGCUGGCCGUGAACACCCGCCUGCAGAGGGGCCGCCGGCUCUUCUCAGGGAGACUGCAUGGACCAGAAUCCUUCACUGCUGACAGGGAUGGUAAUGUGUACACAGGAACAGUGGACGGUAAGCUGUGGAGAAUCGGUCCUGAUGACAGUCUCACCCUCAUCACACACAUGGGACAGAAUCUUCCACAAUGUGGCAGCAGCACUGCCUAUGAGCCCGUGUGCGGCCGUCCUCAUGGCGUUCGUAUGGACCGCCGCGGUCAGCUGAUUGUAGCCGACUCCUACUUGGGGCUUCACAGCGUCGACCCCAAAACAGGAGAAAAGAUCGUACUAGUAUCUAAUUCAGAGGGAGCCGAUGGCGUUCCCUUCGCCUUCCUAAAUGGCCUGGAGAUUUCCUCUCAAACUGGGAUCAUCUAUUUCACCGACUCAUCCAGUCGCUGGGGGCGCAGACAUGUCAAACUGGAGGUGAUCGAGCUGAACACCCUCGGCCGUCUUCUCUCCUACGAUCCUCGGACAGGAAAUGUGAGCGUGCUGCUGGACUCGCUCUACAUGCCCAACGGCAUUGUCCUGUCACCUGACGAGCACUUCCUGCUGCUGGCCGAGACCAGCAUCGGACGCAUAUUGAGGUACUGGCUGAAGGGCCCAAAGGCCGGCACCAAGGAGGUCGUCAUGGACAAUAUGAUCGGUUACCCCGACAACAUCCGCCUCAGCGACCACAGAACGUUCCUGGUUGGCAUAACAACGCCUCGCUUUCGGAAGUUUCUGCCUCCUUUCCUGGAUAUGAUUGCUCCGUAUCCAGCUGUCAAACGCCUCCUGGCCAAGGUGGUUCCUCUGACCUGGUACAACCUCCUGCUGCCGCGCUACGCCCUGGUGCUGGAGCUGGGACUGGAUGGGCAGCUCGUGGGAACGCUUCACGACCCCGAGGGCCGUUUGACAUGGGCCAUCAGUGACGUCUUCCAGCACCACGGGAGAACUUACUUGGGGAACACCGACCUGCCCUUCUUGCCCGUCCUGGACGAUGGAGAGAGCUGAUGAUGGACCACGGCUUUGUGAGCAAAGGAGGCUUUUUUUCAUUUGACUUUUUAAAUAUUUUUAUUUAGAUAUCUUACAUCUGGGUGAUGUGGUUACGAGUGGGAAACCUCUGUUGUCCCCAGAGCAAAGUACAAAUCUGACUUGAUGUUUUAGAAAAGUUGAACUCCUUCUGGAAACGGGAAAACCUCCUCCAUCGACCCCCCCCUCCUUGGUGGAGGGAAAACAAAGGCUUGACAUGUCUUCAAAGACGAGCUAAAACAUUUUUUUUAAGUACCCCCACACUACAAGUGAGUAAAGGAAUAUAAGAAGUUGCAACAUAAGAGAUGAACUCCGUUUACGAGUCAAGAACAAACGUUUUUAUUACGAGUGUCAGAUUUAAUUUUAUAACGCCUCACUGGAUUAGAUACAGGUUUUAGGCUGGAUGACGGCAAACCAGGAAUUAGACUCUGAAGUUCAUUUUAACAUGUUCAUUUUAAUAUUCAAAUGUACACACUUCUAGUAGUUUUGUGUGCUUACCAAUGAUUGCUGAGACUAAGCAAAAUGGAUCAACUUUCUCAGAGUCUAAAGUUAACCUUUUUCAAAUUGAAGUAGAUAAUGUUUGAAAACUGUUUUAAUUACCUCAAUGUUAAGUUGGAUUUUCAAGACAAACUCUGACAGAGUCAGACAGCAAAUAUGUAAACAGAGCAGAAGCCUUGUACUAGUUUAGUGGUUCAAGCUGCAGAAAUCUGUGUUUUUUUUUGUUUUUUUUUGCUUGCAUGAAAUCAGCUUUCUGGAUUCCUAAGUUAAGUAUGUUAACAGCAGGUAAGAUAAAACUUUAAGACACAUUUAGAUUGAUUUAAACUAUCAGGAAAGACUUUAUUUCUUGUUCCAAUUUGCUGCUGAGAUCAAAUUGAUCAGAAUAAAAUGAAAAUGCUGUAAACAAGCGCUUCCUGUGAUCCCCUUUAGAAUCUUUAUUUGGACAAAAACACAAGCCAAAAAUACAUCAAAAACAACAACAAAAAUCUAAAGGCGCAAAAACAGCCAAACAUUUCUGACAAACCGGAAAGUGCAUCAGUGAAUUGAAACAAGGUGAUCAGUUUUACAAGGAAAGAUCAUCACGUGGUGGUUUUGUUUUCCAGUUCUGUGGUCUCGCGGGGAAGUGUUUAGGUCCAUUUGUGAAGUUGAAUACAGAAAUAUGUGCAUUUCCAAGAAUAAUGGUACCAGCUGGACAUCUUUACUGGAAAUGACUUGCAGGCAAACAUUUGUCAAUAACUCAAAUUUUUCAGUGAGGUUAAAACACACACAAACACCCAAAAAACCUUUACAACUGUCAACCAGACUUUGAAUUUGCAUAUUCCUCAAGUCCCCAAAGGAUUUGAUAUAUUUAUCAUAUUCAGCUUUAAAUGUGUGGCUCAGUGGUUAAUCAAUAAAGCAAAAGGUGCAGACUUUCAAAACAUUUCAAAGAUAUUAGCUUCAUGAAGAAAACAUGCAGACACUAAAAUGUAGAUGACAUUAAUGAUUGUUGCCCAAAGAAAAAAUAGUUCCCCUUAAAGUUUAAAGGACAAAUGGAUUUGUAUUU